UUCCUUCGGAGGUCUAGUCCUGUGGGCACUGCUGGAGGUAAGCCUGAAACCCCACGAACUCUUAACAGGCUGCAGACUUAGGAGAUGCCUGAGAUAAGGAGACCAAUUUCUCAGGGCAAAAAGAAAAGGAGGUGACAGGCACUGAGACCACUGAAGGGAUCCCAUGGCUAGGAUCAGUUUUUCCUACCUCUGCCCAGCCUCCUGGUACUUUACUGUGCCCACAGUGAGUCCAUUUCCACGUCAGCGGGUGGCAUUCCUAGGACUCUUCUUCAUAUCCUGUCUCCUUUUACUUAUGUUAAUCAUGGACUUUCGACAUUGGGGUGCUUCAUUACCACGAGAUAGGCAAUAUGAAAGGUAUUUGGCACGAGUCGGGGAGCUUGAAGCGACUGACACUGCAGACCCAACUCUGAAUUAUGGACUUGUUGUGGACUGUGGCAGCAGUGGCUCCCGGAUUUUUGUUUAUUUCUGGCCAAGACAUAAUGGCAACCCCCAUGAUUUGCUGGACAUCAAACAGAUGAGAGACCGCAACAGCCAGCCAGUCGUUAAAAAAAUCAAGCCAGGAAUUUCUGCAAUGGCAGACACCCCAGAACAUGCCAGUGAUUACCUUCGUCCUCUGCUGAGCUUUGCUGCUGCGCACGUGCCUGUGAAGAAGCACAAGGAGACACCCCUCUACAUCCUCUGCACUGCAGGCAUGCGGCUUCUCCCCGAGAGAAAGCAGCUAGCUAUCUUGGCUGAUCUAGUGAGAGAUUUACCGCUGGAGUUUGACUUCCUCUUUUCUCAGUCUCAGGCAGAAGUGAUCUCUGGGAAGCAGGAAGGAGUUUAUGCAUGGAUUGGAAUCAACUUUGUUUUGGGAAGAUUUGACCAUGAGGAUGAAUCUGAUGCCGAAGCUCCCCAGGAACUGGCAGCAGGGCGCAGAAGGACAGUAGGGAUACUGGAUAUGGGAGGAGCCUCUCUUCAAAUUGCUUAUGAAGUUCCUACCUCAACUUCUGUCCUUCCUCCAAAACAGGAAGAAGAAGCAAAGAUCCUGCUGGCUGAAUUCAACCUGGGCUGUGAUGUGCAACAUACUGAACACGUGUAUAGGGUUUAUGUCACGACCUUCCUGGGUUUUGGGGGUAACUUUGCUCGGCAACGCUAUGAAGACCUUGUGCUGAAUGAAACCCUUCACAAAAAUAGGUUGCUGGGCCAGAAGAUCGGUCUGAGUCCGGACAGUCCAUUUCUGGAUCCCUGCCUGCCCGUGGGCCUCACAGAUGUGGUGGAGAGGAACAGCCAGGUGCUACACAUCCGAGGAAGGGGAGACUGGGCGUCCUGCGGGGCGAUGCUGAGCCCCCUGCUGGCUCGCUCCAACACCAGCCAGGCCUCCCUGAAUGGCAUCUACCAGUCACCAAUUGACUUCAACAACAGCGAAUUUUACGGUUUCUCUGAGUUUUUUUACUGUACUGAGGAUGUGUUACGCAUCGGUGGCCGCUAUCACGGGCCAACAUUUGCCAAGGCUGCCCAGGAUUACUGUGGCAUGGCCUGGUCAGUACUAACCCAGAGAUUCAAGAAUGGCCUCUUUUCAUCUCACGCAGAUGAACAUCGACUCAAAUACCAGUGUUUUAAAUCGGCUUGGAUGUACCAAGUCCUUCAUGAAGGAUUCCAUUUUCCCUAUGACUACCCGCACCUGCAGACAGCCCAGCUGGUAUAUGACCGAGAGGUUCAGUGGACACUGGGAGCCAUUCUGUAUAAAACACGAUUCUUACCACUCAGGGAUCUACGGCAAGAAGGUGUCCGGCAGGCCCAUGGCAGCUGGUUCCGCCUCUCCUUUGUCUACAACCACUAUCUCUUCUUCGCCUGCAUCCUGGUGGUGCUAUUGGCCAUCAUCCUGUACCUUCUGCGUCUGCGCCGAAUUCACCACCGACAAACUCGACCCUCAGCUCCACUGGACUUGCUGUGGAUUGAGGAGGUGGUGCCCAUGAUUGGGGUACAGGUAGGGCCGUGAGGCCAAAGACUGGGGAAGCCCAAGUACCCCAGAGUGCUGCCCAUUGAAUUCCACCACUUUCUUGUUUUGGCCUCAGAUGCUGCUUUGCCUGACCUUGGGAUAUUUGGCCUUGGAAUUUCUACCUUAAUAUCUACUUUAAUUCCUUUUCAUUAUCUAGGUCCUCUUCUCUGAGAGAAGCUGUAAUUUAGUCUGUGAAGAACUAAAUAAUGAGAGUUUGGUGCUAACAAAGAGGACCAAUCUUAGUCCAGUGGAAGCAUGCUUCUACCCCUUUAUCUGAGAGGUCUGGUGUGUUUCUGGCAUCUAGACUUUUCUCUCCUUGCUAAAGCAUGAAGUUUGGCAUUGGGCAGACUGGAAGCCUGGUUGUAACCAAACGGGAGCAUCUGAUACAAAGCCGAAGACAUUCCAGCAAGUGCAGCAGCCGCUUCUUUCUCUGUAACAGAGAUAUCAUUUAUGUGGACAUCCACACUCUUUAGUAGGGAUCCAAGACAUUUGCAUUUCAGUGGAACAGAUGUGAGCUUCCAGGCAAACAAAAUAACAUAGUUUCUUUGCUUACUUGACAAAGAAGCCAUUAUAUGUGUGGUCCGAGAUCCCUGACAUAAUGUUGCUGAUGUUAAUUAAUUAGUAUGUGAUUUUAAAAGGUUAGAACCCUUUCUAAGUGAAUGGUAAGUUGAAGACUUCGACAGUAUCUUAUGUGAUAGCUGGUAUGACCAGGAUAGAAAAUGUUUCUGUGUCUAUGCGCUUUACCAGCUGUUUGGGCAUUAAUUUUUCUUUUCGAGCCUUAAGUGUGCUUGUAGGAUGGAGAAACUGAUGGGAUCGGAGAUCUGGGUUUGUCUGGUUUUAAGUCACUGUCUCUAGGCCUAUUUUUAUGAGCCACUUUACAGGAAAAUUCAAAAAGAGUUCCUUUAUUUCACUAAGAUCAAUACAUAGUUCAGGGAGGGGUAUAUUUGGGUUGUUUUUAAAGAAGGAAAGAACAGUGUCAGUAGAGUGGGCAAAGGCAAUAAAAUCCAAGCUCUUAUUUAUUAAUGUUUUCCUGAGAAAUAGAAAUUUUCUCAGUUUGACUCUUGGAAUGUCUGAAAAGAAGCAAAUUCUAAACUUGGGAAUAAAUAGGUAAAUCUGUUAAUAAGCCACCUGGAAACUUUCAGAACCCUUGUUAAGAGAUUGCUCAGUCACAGACUGUACUUCCAUUAAGGAGUAGAGAAGAGAAGCCAUUUGAUUACAUUUUCAUCCACUGUCCUUUAGGAGCUCUGUUCUGCCAGUACAUGUAGCCUUUAAUUUGCACCUUCCCCUAUGGGAUCUUCCUCAUGCUUUACCCUUUCCUACAUGUAGCCUUAAAUGUCCUUCCCAAGAAUAUGCUCCCAGACUUGAAGUAACUUUCUUUUCUUUUUUUGUCACUUUAUUUUUAGGGUUAGUUGAGUACAGGGAAUGAUCCCUGACUUUAGUGGGGAAAAAAGUAGAAUCAUUAAAAUAUAAAUUCCAUAGUGGGAUCAGAAAGGAAUUAAAUGCUUCAUAAAACAGAGAAAAAGAAAUCAAGAUCCUCCUAGAGAUAAACUGAGAUGAAAAUAAGUAUACUUACUCUUAGUUGGCAGGCGAAAAGAUGAUGAGUCUUAAAUUGUUUUCAAAUUAAAUCAAAAUGGAUCUAGCAAAGAAUCUUAUAGCUCUCUCUGGAAAUAUUUUUACUUUUCAUGAGGGCUUCAUGUCACAGCAAUUUCCUUUCAUCUUUAAGACUUCUAAAUUGCCUUGAUUUUCUUUGACUCCUUACCUUCGUGUCACUGUGAGUGAGCCCUCGCCUUAUGAGUACUGCCUAUAAAUAAUGUCAGAAUAUGUUUUUUGCUAGCCAGUGUCUCCUCCGGUACUCUUCUUUUUCUGUCAUCUUGGUUUCCAAGUGAGAUCUGGUCACGAUCUGGCCAAAAGCUAUCUAACUGGCUAAUAGUGAUCAUAUUCGUGUGCUCAAAAUGAAGGGGAAGCAGGGAGGAGGUGGUGAUGAGUCCAGUUUGAAAGCUCUUAUUAAUGAAGUUAUUCUUCCUUCUGGUUAUAAUAAUGAUAGCUGCCAUUUUUUAAGCUUUUACCGUGUACCAUACACUCUUAUGAAUUUUAUGUAUGUUAUUUAAUCAUUAUGACAGCCUUUCAGAUGGAUAUUACUUUUUGUGUUCUU